GUAAAGGGAAACCGACAUGUAAACUAGUGCCAGCCGUACUCCAGCCAGGAUAUGUCACGCGGAAAAGGUGUAAGUGAUGCAGCGUGAGGUUUUCCUGCACUCUGUGGAUGAUCUCAUCCACUCUCUCUCUCUAUAUGUUAUAUAUGGUAUAGCAUGCAUAGCACUAGCAGUCACAUGCAGAAGCGAAGAGAGGCGGCGCGUGCGGCAGGAAAUCGGUAGUCAUCACAAGAGCUCCCAGUGCAGAUGGUUUUGAAAAGUCCGAUUUCAAAAUGAUUCUCCCAAACUGACUGGGAAUGGAAGGGUCAGGGGACAUUCCCGGCACCUGUACACCAGAAGUUGGACAGCCGGCUACCUGGAGAUGGAGUAAAAGUGCAAAGGAGCAAGUCCAUCUGAAGCAAAAGAUAAAGGAUUUACCUGCACUGCUGAAACAGGGAUUGCAUUUAAGGAAGAAAACUGCGGAGACACAGAUUGUAGUACCAGAUGCCACUCCAGGCCCAGGCACAGGAAUUUCGAAAUGGAAGGCCUGCUCUCAGAGUUUCCCGUGCGCUGGAAGAGCUUUGAGAAAUGCUUUUUUAGCUGCCAGCCCUCAUCCUGCAAAAGACCAAAUGCAGCUGGCACGGAUUAUAAGGAGAAGCUAUGUUGGGUUGGAGCUGGUUGAGUGGAUCCUGCAGCAGUGCCUGUUUAUCCAAUGCAGGGUUGUUGCUGCCGGGGUUUGGCAGAUCCUGCUGGAGCUGGGGAUUCUGCUUUCAGUUGACCAAAACAAUGUGUUUGAAGAUGCUAACACUUACUACCAAUUCUCCUACGAGGAGUGUGACAUUCAGGACUGUCCGUUCCGAAACAAGGAGGAGUGGCACAAUGGGGUUCAGCUUCUCAUGCAGCUGGUUCCUUAUGUUCAGUUCAGGAUCGCUGUCGUCAAUCAGCCAGAGAAAGAAACGGAGGAUAAAAAACAAUUCUGUAAUGAAGUUCUUCAAAUGAAAGCACUUGAACGCUUAACAUCUACGGUGCAGAACGAAUUGGUAGCUGCUCUUGCACGGAAAGCAAGGAAAUCAUUGGCUCAGGAAGAGGAAAGAAGUGAUUCAAUUGAAGCUGUGCCAGAUGAGCUCAUUAACUCAACUAAUAAAGAAAAGCCAGGGGCUGUCUGCACUCUUCACGAUAGGGAUGAUAUCAGCCGGAUCGAAAUGGUUCAGAGGCUGGCCAAGGACAGCUAUCGAUUCUUGCAGACUCCAAACAACACAGCAUCAGACAAAACCUUUGAGAAUGAUGAAGUGAGCAGAGUGUGUCUGAAGGAACGAGGCCAAGACGUCCUGGUGCUUCAGAGGGUGUCAUCAGAGUGCCAGGCCCCUCCAGCUUCAGCUGGAGGAGGGAGGGAGGAGGAGAAAGACAGGAGGUACGUGGUGGUGUCUGGCACCCCCGAGAAGAUUCUGGAGCACCUCCUGAGCGACCUGCGGCUGGACGAGAGCCAGGGACCCCAAUGCAAAGAGACUGAAACUCUUCUGGAUGACUUCUUGCUGACGUACCUGGUUUUCAUGACAACAAAUGACCUGUGUGAGGCGCUGCUGAGGCACUAUUGCUCUAAGAGAUACAGGGGCAAGGAAGAGACCUCUGACGCUCUGUUCAGAAAACGCAAGGUGCUUCACCUGGUGUCCCAGUGGACAGCUCUCUACAGAGACGUGUUACGGGAGGACGAGCAUGUGAAAUUAUUUAUAAAGACCCUGUAUAGAUAUGUGCUGGAUGACCUCUAUGAAUAUCCAAGUUUGGAAAAGGAUUUGACGGAAUUCCAAAAGCUCCUUCGAAUUCAUCGCAGACACACUGUUGAUGAAUACUCACCACAUAGAAAGAGUAAAGCCCUCUUCCACCAAUUCAGCCUGAAAGAGAACUGGCUCCAGCACAGAGAGGCGCAUAAUGAGACAAAGGAAGUGUUGUGCCGGGUGUACAUUACGAACCACUCGUACCUGAGUAUCAUGACCAGCUUGUCUGCCACGGCCCAGGAGGUCCUCAAAACAGUGGCUGAGAUGAUGGAGUAUGCAGAAGAGGAGCUGGCACUGGUGACAGUGACCUUCCCUGGAGAAAAACAUAUUCUGCAGCCUCAUGACAUUGUUAAUUCAGAAUCACUCACAGCAUCUGGGCGUCUGCUUGUUUGCCGGAAAGAUCUUAGUGAAAUACUGAACCCAUUCACUGACAAUGAGAAGAUGCAGCACAGAGCUGUCAGAAUGCUGGGAAUGAAUACCUGGGACGUGGCUCUCGCACUGACGAACUUCGACUGGAAUCUGUUCAACUCCAUUCAUGAGCAAGAGUUGAUUCACUACACGUUCAGCAGGCAGGGCAGUGGGAGGAACACGGUCUGCCUGGACCUGCUUCUUCAGAGAUGUAACGAGGUUCAGCUGUGGGUGAUGACGGAAAUACUCCUCUGUAGUCUGCUCUGCAAACGAGUGCAGCUGGUCAAGAAGUUCAUAAAGAUUGCAGCUCAUUGCAGAGCUCAGCGGAAUGUUAACUCCUUUUUUGCCAUCAUAAUGGGACUCAAUAAUGUAGCUGUCAGUCGACUCAGCCAGACGUGGGAGAAAGUUCCAGGAAAAUUUAGGAAGUUGUUUUCAGAACUUGAAACAUUAACAGACCCUUCACUAAACCACAAAGCCUACAGAGAUGCUUUCAGAAAAAUGAAACCUCCAAAAAUCCCUUUCAUGCCUCUUCUGCUGAAAGAUAUCACCUUUAUCCACGAGGGAAACAAAACAUUUCUAGAUAACCUAGUCAACUUUGAAAAGCUGCACAUGAUUGCAGACGCUGUUCGGUUCAUCAGACACUGCCGGCCUGACCAGCUUGGACAGGACGGACCACAGAAAGCCCACCAGGAUGUGAAGACGUUCGUUCACCACUUACACAUUAUUGACAAUCAGCAGACGCUGUUCGGACUGUCUCUCUCUCUGGAGCCUCGACUGUAGCCCGCACCCACAGGAGCAUUCUAUAUAUAUCAUCAAUACGGCAUGAACACUGGGCUGGUUAUAUAUCAGUAAGCACUGUCUGGGUGUGGUAAACACAUUGCUACCAGGAGCAUAUGCACAGUAUAUGUGCAAAUACUUCAAACUUUGCGGUGACACAGAAAAGCAAUGAACCCUAACUGCAGUGGAUUCAUUUUACUCUCUGUACAAUGGAUUGAACAAAUCUGGAACCUGGACUCACAUUAGUGAAUGAAGUAACUGACAGACUUUCGGAUUUGAUUACCUGACAACAGUUCAAGAAAAUAUGAAACUGAAGAAUGCUUUCAUCUUGUAUUACAACUGUGCACAAAAGCAGAAAUAUCAUGGCAAUGGUGGAGAAUGAUUCUCACUUUUUUUACAUACUCUAGAUGGGCGACAAUGUUCACAAAUAUAAUGCAUUGUAAUAAUAAUAUACUACUGCUAGUGCAGUCGGGGGGAAGUAUCACAUUAUCUCUGCUAUAAAUAUCGCAAUAUCAUACUUUUGAAAUGCAACUACACAAAUAGAUAAAGUUAAUGUGUUUUUACAAUAUUUAUCAUAACUAUACAGCAGUUGACAAUAAUCAUUUGAAAGUUUAACAAUACAAAAAAUAACUUAUGGCUACAGAUCACUGGACCAUUUUUCUUAAUCUAUAUAUCUAUAUACAUGGUUUAAUAGGAUUAAAAGAGGUAAUGCAAAAAAAGCUCAUGAAUUUUAAAAAUACAGUACCUAAAUUUAUUAGUAUUGACUUUUGUAAAUUAACCUAAUAAGAUUUGUUCUCAAAUGCAUGACAAGAAGCUCCAUGUUACUCCCUUAUGUGUACAGAUAAAGUUAUGGGUUUCAGUCUCCAGAUAAAACCAUAACAUGCCAUAACACUAGCAUGGUGCCGUCUUCUGUGUAAUCGCUGAUGUGAUUCCCAAGUAUCAGCGGCGGCUUAGCCAUUUCUUAUUACAUCUAGUGAUGUAUUGUGACGUGCCUGUGACCUGCAACAUUGUGCUGCUGCAGGAUAAAAGGACAUUCAAAUUCAGUGUAAAGCAUCAGGUGUAUCAGUGACAGGAGAGUUUGAUGUAUAUAUUUGACAUUUCUGAGAAUAACGUAUUCACAGCUUGCAGAUUGUAUAUUACUGAACUGUGCUUUAAAAAGAUGUUCGAUAAAUGUACGUGCUGUACAGAUGAGAGCAGGUAUAUCAUUUCCAGCAACAACUUACUGUAAAUAGUUCAGCACUUUGCCAUGUUGCAGAGCACACUUUUGUGGCAAUACAGACAACAGAAUGACCCAUUAAGAAGACAUAUUACAUAUGGUUUCUUAACAAGCUAAUUUCCUUAUGAAGAAGUUUGCCAAAGAUUACAGAAGCACACACUCAGGCUGUUCACUGGAUGCCUUCGAAAAGCAAUUCAAUCCAUUAAAUUCUCUUAGAAGUAUGUCAGAAUCAUGGCAUCUACUCCCACCUAAUCAAUAUUUUUGUUAUCAUUGGAUUGACCAAGGAAUUUACCAUCUUCGAAACAGCCUCAGUGUGUUUUGUGCCAAAAUGUAAAAUACAGCAAUGUAGUCUAUUUUUAAAUUUCCUCUGAUUUUCAGCUCAGUGGGAUAUGUUGAAGUUAAGCACAAAUACAACUUAAAUGUGAGUAAAUACACAAAGUUACAUUCUGAGGAUCUACUUUGCUAGUUUUGGAGCUAAAUCGCUUUUGUAGCACUGUAUACGUUAGUAUAUGUUAAAGCAAUGUCAAGAAAAGAGAUGGCAACUUUAGCAAUAUUUUAUAUUUAUGAAGCCUGGUAGUUGUUACUUCAAGGAUUCACUCAUUUAUUCUAUCAUAGCAUUGUAAAUGAAUGCACUGGUAAAUUGUCAUUAUUUCACCUCCUUAUAAAUACACGAUAUAAGUCCUACAGCUACCUUUGAAAGUUAUUUAACUCUUUAAACAGAUUGUGCUGAUUUUAAUAAUAAUUUGUGUUGUUAUUAUUAUUAUUAUAGAAUCAUUGUUAACUACUUUAGGCUGGAAAAUAUACAUAAAUGUGCUGCUUCCUCUGUUCUCAGAUAACUACCAGUAUUAUUUCACAAAACUAUAAUGUUAUAGAGCAGUGGUUAUCUACAUAGUGUGCCACAGGCCUGUUUCUAUUCUUGUUGGGUUCACCUGUGUCAUGUAACAUAGUAGUUGCUGUAAUGCCCGUACAGUGCAUAGAGUUACUGUCAUUUCAAUAACUUGAGCAAUUUGCAUUCCUGCCAGGCAUACACAAUUAUAAUAUUUUACAAAGAUAAGGCAUAGAUUAUUUACAGUAUGCUGUAAAUAUUGAUCUUUGGGCAUUAAGACUAGUAUUUAUUGGCAGAUGUUAGUUAUUAUAGAGUUCUGGAAUAUAAUGAACUCAGGGUUUGCUUACUUCUGACUGAAGUAGAACCCUCUAUACUGAAAUGUAUUUAAAACACUAGAGUUUAUUGUAAAUUCAUUCUUUGACUGUGUGCUGCCUGUACACCCACAUAUGCAGACUUCAGGUGGCGUGAGCUGGUCUGUAUGAAAUGGCAAUUCCAUUGAUGGACCACAGACCUCUUUAUUCAAUGUGUAUGAUAACCAUUUUCUCUUUUUGUAAUAACCUUGUAACUGUACAUAUACUUAUGAUAUGUUAAAGCUAUAAUUUAUAUUUAAAUAUACAACAACCAUGAGCAAUGCAUUUAAGUGUGUUACGGUUAUCCUCGACUUUUUAAAAUUAAAUUAAAAAUAUUAAAAUAAGAAAU